ACACCGGAAACAAAAACCGCAGUUUGUUUGGACUUUAGAAACACUCCAUUUUUCUUUUUCAUCCAAGGUCGAAAUGUUUCGUGCUGUCGCAAACAGACUUGGAACAACUGUACAAGCCAGUGUUCGCUCUAAUCUCUUUGCUAAACCACAAACAGCAGCAGCAACAGUACGACAUGUGACAUAUGUCCCUCAGUCAGAUGAAGAAUUUGAUGAUUCAUGUGUAGCCUAUCUUACCAGGCCUACUAUAACUGGGUGGCAGAUCAGGAGUUUUAUUACACAUCAACAUGGUGAAGAUUUGGUACCAGAGCCAAAGGUUAUAAGUGCUGUACUAAAAGCAUGUAGGAAAGUAAAUGACUAUGCCCUUGCUGUACGGUACUUAGAAUCUGUCCAGGAGAAAGCAAAAGCUGAUACUGCCAUCUGGCCGUAUAUAGUACAAGAAAUUAGACCAACAUUAGAUGAGUUAGGAGUUUUCACACCAGAAGAGCAUGGUUACGACACACCAGAGCUUUAUCUUGUAGAUACUGAAGAUAUUCAUUAACUUAAUGUUUAAUAGGUAGAAAAGAUUCAUAACAUCAAAGAAAGAUACCUCUAAAAAGAUGUAUUAUGGACAAUUAGAGACAGUUUUCUUAUAUAUGUGUUUCUGUGAUUUCAAAUAAGUUCCAUUUGAAAAUAAAUAUCUUUUGAAAAUA